ACAUGGACCAGGAGACAUGGACUCAGAUCUUCUCACACCAUUUGUGGAGCUGGAGGAGGACUUCUGCUCGACUCGGGGCCUAGACUCCUGUGUGAGCCCUCAGCUCAGACCUGCAGGGCUCCAGCGAAGACACUCACACUGCCCCAUUACUUUACCAAACUCCAGGAUGAACAGCAGUGAGGUCCCAGGCCCCUGGGGGCCCAUACUGGUAGAGCAGAGGUGGAGUCGUGAGCUGGCCUGCUCAGCCCUCAGCCACAUCCCCUUUAGAAUGGACCGCUCUGUCAGUAUGAUCGAGGGCCCUGCACUGCCUCCACCUCCAGGCCUGACCCCCAGCGCUCUGGCUCCUAGGACCCUGGCCUUAAGCACCCAAACCCCCAGUGACCUGUCCCCUGAGAUGCUGUGCCGACUGCCUUCAUCCCCUCUGCUGUCCCCUCGCUACAAAACCGAGCUGUGCCGCACCUUCCAGGAGAACGGGGCCUGUAAGUAUGGGGCCAAAUGCCAGUUUGCCCACGGAUCCCAGGAGUUGCGUGGCCUCAGCCGACACCCCAAGUACAAGACAGAGCCCUGUCGCACCUUCCACACCAUCGGCUUCUGUCCCUAUGGGGCCCGCUGCCACUUCAUCCACAACGCAGACGAGCUGUGCCUCGAGGCCCGCAGACCAGGGGGCCCAACGCUGCGCCACAGCAUCAGUUUCUCUGGGGUGUCCUCAGGGACUGCUCCUGUGCUCACCCGGGCCUGCUCCAUGUCCCCUCCGCCCCUGUCAGUGGCUGGCUCUCCAGACUCCCUGUACACGUCCCCUCUGCUGCCGGAGCCCGGGGCCCUCAAACACUUCUCGUACCCCCUGUCCUCUUUGCUGGACUCAGGGGACGACCUGGCUCUGCAUUUCUGUGCUGUGCCAGAGCAGGGACCCGGGGCCCUGUGGCGCUGCUCUUCUCAGGACUCUGUCAGUGAGUGUGUGAGUGAGUGUGUGAGUGAGGAGGGCUAUGUGUCCUCUGGCUCCCGCUCUCAGUCCCCCUGUGAGCCCCCGCGCCUGCCCAUCUUCAGCCAAAUGUCCACCAGCGAGCACAGCAGACUCCGACUAGACCAGGACUAGACAAGGACUACACUGGGACUAGACAGGGACUAGACAAGGACUACACCAGGACUAGGCCAAGACUGAACCAGGAUAAAACCAGGAUAUAACCAGGACUAAGCCAGGUCUGAGCCCGGGUACAUGCUGUAGUCAGGCUGAUGUCCAGACUGGGCUGUUGUUGUGCAUAUUGCAUUGUAAAGCUGACUCCCUGUAUACUGUUGUAUACACACGCUUGGGUACUCCGGGGCUCUCUGUGUGAGCACUUGCACCCAGCUCCUCUUGGGGCCCUCAUUCUAGUAAUGUGUUCAAACAUUUACCUUAAUAUUAACCUUUAUUUUGUAUUUUAUAUUUUUACAAAGAGCUUUUCUGAAGUUGAAGUUUUAUAUCAACUAAUGCUUAUACUGAAGAGAACUCGAAUCACUUUGUUUAUGCAGACUGAAUGAAAUGCUCGAACUAACUUAAGGUCUUAAUAUUUAUACACGUUUAUAUAUUGCUCUGGUAGUUGCUCUAUUAUUGUUUACAUUAUUUAAGUGCAUUUCUGUUCUUAUAAUUUAUUGUCUCAAAUGAAAUGAAAAUAAAAGUGCUGAAUGC